AUGAUAUGUGAACCAACGUCACAUAAUCAGGAUUCAAAUGAACUUGCACACCUUAAACGACAACAAUUAAGCAACGGACUUAAACGAAAAGCUAUUACAGACAUAUCAAUGAAACCAUCAAAACUUAUUUGUACUGAGCUGAGUGGCGGAUGCAUUACUUCUACUGCGUCAGAUAUUAACUUAGUACUUAAAAAUAUGUACAAUGCUCGGAGAACUAUUUUUCCAAAAUUACCAACAAAUUCUGAAGAGGUACACAACAUGUUACAACAAAACCAAAUAUUUACAGUUGAAAAUGAAACUUUUGUUAUGGUAAACGAUAAGCAAACAAAUAUUAUAUUAUUUUCAUGUGCAAAAAAUUUAAGAUUUCUAAAUAACCUUAAAACAAUAUAUUAUGUCGACGGGACUUUUCAAUAUUGUCCAAAAUAUUUUCUACAAAUGUUCACAAUACAUGGUCUGAUAAAUUAUUAUUACAUUCCACUGGCAUUUUUUUUACUACCUAACAAAGAAAAUAAAACAUACGAAAGAGCUUUUACGUAUUUGAAUGAAUCGUCUUCAAAAUAUAAUGUUACCUUUGCUCCUGAUACCUUGUUUGUUGAUUUUGAAAUUGCAAUUCAUAAAGCUGUGUCUACAGUUUGGACAGAAGCGGAAAUAAAAGGUGGUCGUUUCCAUUUGGGACAAUCGUGGUAUGUAUAA